UGAUUGUUCUGCUCACUAUGCUUCAUUUGCUCCCACUGUAACACACACAGACACUACCUUGGGUUAGUUAUAAAUAUGUUGUAUUAUGUUCGACUCACCAACCGGAUAUGCGUUAUGUCAAUGUUUAACAUCCUGUCCACGUGUCCGGGAAAACCACUGGAGAGUUUAUUUUGUUUUGUGAAAUAAGCAAUGGAGGCUGAGGACCUUUACAUCAAACCAGGUAACCAGGAGCGGGGCUGGAAUGACCCUCCACAGUUUUCCUACGGUUUGCAGACAGCAGCACAAGGUGCACCCAAGAGGACCCCUCUCAACAAGAGAGUGCCCCCACCUCAACUCACUGGAUCCCCCAGUCCGGUCCCAGGAACUUCUCCAACCUCAACAGUUCCAAUGACUCCUCCUACCAACCCACUGGUCCCUCCUCCAUGUAGUAUGAACAUGUCCUCUCGGCCAUGUCAAGUUGCAGCCCCUCCUGUUGGUGGGGUGAUGAUGAUGGCCACAUCUCCACCACCUUGCCAUGUGGUAGCGCACACAGAGUCUGCCAGUGACCAAUCAGAAAGUGAGUCAGAUGUCGACAACGUAGUUAAUCUUCUCAACUGGGCACUGACAGCUUGUCGACACACAGUCAAAAAACAGGUGUGUGACGAUGUGGCGAAGCGCUUGAAGCUCUUUGAGGACAUGUGGAGGUCUGGGAAGUUGUCACUUCCUGUUAGACGAAGAAUGAAUGGACUGGUGCAAGAGUUGAAGAGCUGGAACUGGGACGCUGCUGAUGAAGUCCAUCGGGCUCUGAUGGUUGACCAUGUUAACGAGGUCAGUCCGUGGAUGGUGGGGGUCAAACGUCUCAUCGCUGAAACGCGCAACUUGAACUCAGAUUUUCUGCACAGACAGGAGGUAGACCAGAGUCUAGACACCAGCAGCACCGCUAACUCCAACUAGAUCAAUAAUUACACUUGUGGAACUUUUUUAUUAGGUUGUGGCAUCCUGAGGCCUCGGUCGUCCUUAUGAAAGCCGUUGAAAUUCUUAACUUUUAGGCUAACUCUGUCUUUUGAUUUUGCAAAUAUUUUGAAAUGGGUUUCCUGUAGUUAUGCAAUACGCUUUUUAAAAAAAUAUAUAUUUUUUAACAUUCUAUGAAUUUCAUUUGAUCGCAGUGUCGAUUGAUAUUACCGAGAUCCACCCAUUCAGACAAUACAAAGAGAGCUUUUAUCUAUAAAUAAAAUUAUGGCGACAUUGUUUACGUUUGGUAGCCUUUUCUUGUCGUGACUUGUUUGAUUUUUUUUAAAGGUGCUUAUAUCAAAGAUGGCAGUAAUACCAUAUUUAUUUUGGCCAUUCUCUGGUGUAUAGUCUCCCUUGAACAGCCUUGUAAAAAAGUAUUUUUCUGGAGCUGGGACUAAGAUCACUUCAUUCAUCCAAUUGUACACGGUACUAUGCAUUAUUCCUGAUGCAUGAGAAAGCUUAACACUUGACAGUUUUCAAUGACCUGUCACCCCCCUGUGUGCUGUACAUAAUCAUAAUAGCAAUAACUACAAUAACAAUGUAAAAGCCAUCAUCUGCUUAUGUUGGCAGUGGCAUUGCACUUUAAGAUGGACCAUACAUGAGAAGACAAAAUAAAUCAGAUUUGUGGUGAAAGUAAUCCCUGUUUUGUUUUUAUACAUUUAGUUAUGUAUCAGGGAAGUUAAUGAAUUUGAUCGCAGACUGUUAUUUCUGUCUGUUCUGUAGUUAGACAAUGAGGAUGUUCCAGCUUUUCAUACUGGUUGGUCUUCCUCCAUAGAGACAGAUGCCAGGAAAAGCCACAAACUAUCACCAAUAGGUGGCGUCUUAGGCCUAUUUAUCACUGGUGACCGUGUUGAAUGGAUUUCUAGAGAAACUUGGGCACUUUGAGAUGGGUGGAAACAUUUCAUUUUAUAGACAUGAGGUGUGGCUUCGUUUUGACCAUGUGAAGACUGUGACGACGACAACAACAACAUUGUUUAUUGUUACUAUGUGAGACUGUUUAUUGUUGCUAAGUGAGAGUAAUUCAUGUGAACUCAUCACGAAUAAUGUCAUACAUCUGAAAAUUGCCCCAGUCGACAUAUGAAAGAUUGCCGCAUGUUUGUGAAAAGAAUAUGUUGGCGUAAGGUCUGAAUGUUUUAAUCAAGUGGUAAUUGAGCUUAAAGGAGGAGAGAUUGCUGAUUCAGAUCUCCUGUGCUUUAUCGGAGAGAGUGCGAUUGCAUGUUGGCAGGGUUGAGGUUUUGUUUUGUACAAUCUGUGUUUACUGAUUCCCAAUACUGUAUCUCUGUGGUACUGAAUAACCUGUUGUCUGGGUUGGGACUAAUACUGUAUCUCUCUGUGAAAAAAUAUCUGUGUUUUGUAAAUGCAGAUAAUAAAAAUCUUAUUGUAAAUU